CCUCCUAACUUUCUCAACGAAAAGGGACAUUUUCGCAUAUUCACACUUCCCAGAGUUGCCGCCCUCCCCGCUAUUAGGGCAAUUGAAUCUGCCCCACGUGGGUCCUACAUGCUAUUUCCCUCCAGGUGUAUCUUUGAAUUCUCGCUUCACCUCUCCCAGAAAAUCCGGGCGUCGAUUUUGUUUCACUGGACCUCUCGAUUUAUUUAGGGGAAGUGAAAAGAAGCCAAAGAAAAAAAGUGGUGGUUCUUCAUAAGACGAUCGAGAUGGAGAGAAGAGCUUCAGCUCCGUUGAUUGUGUGUCUUUUAUUCUUAGCCAUCUAUUCAUUUCAUCAUAUCUCUCUUUCACCGAUGAUUAAAGAAACCGACAUAUUGUGGGUCCCAUCACUCACCAAAUCACCAAUCAGCUGCGACCGCUCCAACUUUCACUACGACUUUUGUUCUCUCAACGGCCCAACAGUCAUGGUCCCAAAAACCUCUACGCUCCUAGUUGUGGGUUCAACCAUCCCAAUCCAAUCCACGAUUCAAAAGGUCCGUCCAUAUCCACGCAAAUGGGAAAAGAACAUCAUGGCCCACAUCAAGGAGAUCACUAUCGUCACCGCUAGCUCAACUGCCAGCAUCAAGACUGCCUGCCGGGUCUACCACAACGCACCGGCCCUUGUCUUCAGCAACGGUGGAUACACUGGAAACUUGUUCCACGACUUCAACGAUGGUCUGAUCCCUCUCUUCAUUACAAGCCGUUUGAUUACUUCAGAUGGUCGUUACCCGGUCCUAGUCAUCGCCAACUGCCACAAUUGGUGGCUCUCCAAGUACGCCGACCUCCUACGCGGCCUAACCCCACAUCCGAUAAUUAACCUUGACAGAGAGAAUGACAUCCAUUGCUUCCCAUCAGCCACCGUUGGCCUAGUCAGCCACGGCUUUGCUUCUAUCAACCCUUCCCUCAUGCCCAACUCAGAGUCUCUACUCGACUUCCGCACCUUCCUCGACUACUCUUACAUGGCUACUGGUGGAACCCACCUGCCACUCUCCUCUAUGAAGACCCACCCCCGCCUUUUGCUGGUGUCUCGUGAAGGCACAGUCGGACGUGUGAUAUUGAACCAGGAGGACUUGGUACGCACGGCGGAGAAUGUGGGAUUCGAGGUGACCAUCUUCAAGCCAACACGAUUCACCAAUCUGCGAGAAGCUUACCAUCUGAUCAAUGCGAGCCAUGUCAUGCUUGGGGUGCACGGUGCGGCGCUUACACACUCCUAUUUCCUUCAGCCCGGUGCAGUGCUGAUCCAAGUAGUGCCGCUCGGGCUUGAAUGGGCAUCUAGGGUCUGCUUUGGCGGGCCAGCCAAGCAACUCGGGUUAGAGUACAUGGAGUACAAGAUCAGAGUAGAUGAGAGUAGCUUGUCAGAUAAAUAUGGAAAGGAUGACGUGGUGUUGAGGAACCCCAGAGCUGUAGUGAAGAAGGGAUGGUCUUACACGGAUAGCAUUUAUUUGAAGAAACAAGAUGUUAGAUUGGAUUUGAAUAGAGUUAGGAGCUUUUUGGAAGCUGCUUAUCAGAAUGCAACGGGGCUCAUGAAAAAGGGAUUUUAGGGUUAGGGUUUUGGGGGCUUCACGAUUCUUCAAAAUUUUGAUAAGUUAGUCACUUGGACUUUUGCUAUU